AUGGAGGCACCGAUCGGCAUCUUCAAAAUCUACGUCUACAAGCGCAUCCUGAACGCCAUGCCGACACGCGAUGAAUGCCGCGAUUCCCUGCAGAUUAUGUGGUAUGAGGAAAUCGAACUCCCGUACUGGAUUCGCGAUUCCAUCCACCACACGGACAAUCCGGAGGAGGCGCACUUCUUUUACAUCCCCACCAUGGUCAAGUGUCUGUUCAAUUUAAAUCGCGCGCGGUUUAACGAGACACGCCAGUUUCUCAUCUCUGUGCGCCACCUGCACCGGUCGCCGUAUUUCCACCGCAACAAUGGCCACGACCACGCUCUGCUCAACCCAGGAGGCGGCUCCUACAAUGUGACAUCCUCGGUGCUGCACGGCUCGUAUCUCUUUGGCCGAGGAGCCGGUCACUACUCGAACGUGACCAAGCUGCUCACCGAGGCCUAUCGUCCCUACGCCUACUUUGCUGGGCGCGAUAUCAUCGUACCGGGGUAUCCCGACGAUGCGUUUUUCAGCUACCAGGAGACGUACCAGGAUGCAUUGCGCGAGCGACGACGCCUCUUUCUGUACACGGGCGGCGUGCAGCUCAGCUACCAGCGCCGGCAGCUCGGUCGCUUGGCAGAGCUUCUCAAGAUACCCAGCGCCAAAAGUAGCUUUUAUGCACCACUCGUCCUCUUGCAAACACGCAAGGUGAGCUCCAACAAGUUCGAAUACCAGCAGCUCGUCAAGGACUUUACGUUCUGUGCCGCUCCAAGAGGCACGUCGCCGUGGACGCAGCGCUUUUACGAUGCUGCGAUUGUCGGCUGCAUCCCUGUUCUCUUUGAUCGAAACUUUGUGCUGCCAUUCCCCAACCAGAUCGACUGGGACUCGAUCGUGGUUCGAUUCUCGGAGGAUUUUUCGCACUCGUUCAGCUUCCUCGACCAUCUCUAUCAACUAAGUCAAGACGUGGAGGCCAUCCGCGAGCGACGAAGAAAGCUUGCCGAUGUAACAUCCAUCCUUUACUACGGCCUGGCUGUGAAUGCCACUCAGCCAGCCGCCGUCACACCGGAAGCGUUUUCAGACCCCGAUCCCGUCGUUCGGCGCGAGGCGUACAAGUACAGUCCCUACUCGAUGAUUGUUCGCGAGCUGUCCGACCGCUCUCAAGAAGGCUCAUAA